CUGAUUUCCAAGCUCUCGUGUUUCUGUUAACUAAAAAGGGGAGGGAGGGAAAUCCCCGAGCAAACCCAAUGCUGCCACCUGCCACAGUCUGUAGUUUACUUUUCAUAACAUCACAAACUUUACCGGAGUUGGAGUUUACGUCUUCGGGAAGAAAGAAUGGCGGGGGCUGUGCUGCUACCGCGCAUGACGCGGUCCCUGCGAGCCUUCACACAGCUGGAACCUCCUCGGGACCUCACUCCGGGCCCAGAUGAUUUUGAAUGGCAGACUCAGUGGAAUAAAGAACAACUGAACAAGGGCGUGUCUUGGUCAGACAUACAAACAAUUAUUGUAAAUGACACCUCAACCAAUUCAGAGGUCCAAAAAUGUGUCCAGAAACUUCGUUCCCUAUGUGGGAAGUUUAUGGCAGACCAAAGCAAAUCUGUGAUAGACGAUACUUGUCAAUUUGUCCUGCUCCUAUUCCUUACGGAUAAUAGAGUUGUUAGCCAGAAACAGUUACACAGUCUUAGAGGCAUGUUUGGUAAUAUGUCUAACAAUGCAGCUGACUCCUUACGAAAGACUGUUCAAGAGAUACUUGAUGAACUUUCAUAUGGAGCAAUUGAGAAGCUCCACAGUCUACUCUCAACGCAGGAGUCACCUCAGGCUGAUUUAUUUUCAGCAACCAUUAGCUGCGCAUUUAGCUCACACAUAAAAUAUGUCCCUCAAAAACCUUGGGAACCAGAUACAAGUGCACUAGCAGAUUUAACUGAUGACGUUGCCACUGGUGGUGAAUCUGUAGCAGCAAAAGAAUUUACCAUGAGAUACGAUGUUUCAACUGCUGCUCCGGGAGCAUCAUCUAACCGAGGCAUGAAGAAAGGCCUGUAUGGAAUGUCUUGGAUGGAAAGUGAAGUUAGAAAAUAUUAUGCUGACUCAAAUCCCUGUGGUUUGUCCUGUAAAGAAUUUUGUGAGUCAGUCAUCACACUAUUGAAGUCAGAGAGAGGAAACGAUGCAUUGCAAAAUGAGCUCUUUGAUCUCAUGGGCUUUGAUCGAUUCGAGCUCAUCCAGACAUUUUUAGAACACCGCAAGGACAUUGUUCAAGGUGUGAACCUUGAAAUAGAAAAGAAAAAUCUUUCCACUAAAGCAGGUAAUAUAUCUGCUGCCAUUGAAAAUGCUCGAGCACCCUCAUUUGGUUGCCAAGUGGUAGUCCAAUCUCAGAUGGAAAAGCAACUUCAGAAAAUGGCCCGGAAAGAAGAGAAACGAAUUCACAAAGUCCUAGGCAAACUAGACUUAGAUGAAGAAGAGGAGGCUGAGUUCAAUCCGAUUGAAUUGCGAGCCAAACGACAAGCUGCUCUAAAAGCUGCUGCUGCAAUGCCAGUUUUGAACAAGGAACCAAUGCGACAGGCUCUCCAGCCUCGUCCUAACUACCCCAAUGUAUAUGACUCUCAAAGUAAUGCACAGCAAGCCUCUGGUUUCAUAUCUGGGACAAAAAUGAUGCUCCCUGAAGGAGUAAUACGCCAUGAUAAGAAGUCUUAUGAAGAAGUUAACAUUCCAGUAGCUGAGCCAGCACCUGUUAAUGUCGGCAAUGAGAGGGUAGCAAUUUCCACACUUGAUGAGAUUGGUCAAAUGGCAUUUCAAGGUGUCAAGACCCUGAACCGAAUUCAGUCUGUUGUUUUUAACAUGGCAUACCACAGUAAUGAGAAUUUGCUCAUUUGUGCUCCAACUGGUGCUGGCAAGACCAACGUUGCCAUGCUUACUGUAGUGCAUCAAAUACGUCAGCACAUUGAACAGGGGGUCAUUAUGAAUGAUCAAUUUAAGAUUGUGUAUGUUGCACCUAUGAAAGCUUUAGCAGCUGAAAUGACUGCCAAUUUUGGAAAGCGCUUAAGUCCACUAGGUGUGUCAGUUCGAGAGCUGACAGGUGAUAUGCAACUCACAAAGUCUGAAAUAAUGAAAACCCAGAUGUUAGUAACAACCCCUGAAAAGUGGGAUGUUGUGACUCGAAAGGGAACUGGUGAUGUAGCACUAACUAAUUUGGUGAAGCUCUUGAUCAUUGAUGAAGUUCACUUACUGCAUGGAGAUCGUGGUCCUGUUGUUGAAGCACUUGUUGCCAGAACUUUACGCCAAGUGGAGAGCUCCCAAAAGAUGAUAAGAAUUGUGGGUUUGUCUGCAACUCUUCCAAACUACAUAGACGUUGCACGCUUUCUAAGAGUAAACCCUUAUGCUGGAUUGUUCUUCUUUGACUCUCGUUUCCGCCCGGUGCCGCUAAGCCAAACUUUUAUUGGAGUGAAAGCGGUAAAACCACUUGUUCAGAUGCAAGAAAUGGACAAUGUCUGCUAUGAAAAGGUUGUUGAUCUGGUGCAAAAGGGACAUCAAGUUAUGGUUUUUGUCCAUGCUCGCAAUGCAACUGUACGCACAGCCAAUGUUUUGAAAGAAAUGGCAUCCCAAAAGGGACAAUUAAAGCUCUUCCAAGUAGAAGAGUGUAGUGCACUUGGACAAGCAAGAAAUGCUUUGAGCCGAUCUCGCAAUAAACACCUUGGAGAAUUGUUCCAAUGUGGAUUUUCUGUCCAUCAUGCGGGAAUGCUACGAUCUGACCGCUCAAUUGUUGAGAAGUAUUUUGGUGAAGGCCUCAUUAAAGUGUUGUGUUGUACUUCAACAUUGGCUUGGGGUGUGAACUUACCUGCACAUGGAGUUGUAAUCCGUGGCACUGAAAUUUAUGAUGCCAAGCAUGGUUCAUUUGUUGAUUUGGGAAUCUUAGAUGUUCUUCAGAUAUUUGGUCGUGCUGGACGUCCACAAUUUGACAAAUCUGGAACUGGAAUUAUCAUAACUUCACAUGACAAGCUUAGUCACUAUUUAUCCCUGUUAACCAAUCAGUUUCCUAUUGAGAGUAACUUCAUUAAAUUUCUUGCUGACAAUCUUAAUGCAGAAGUCACUCUUGGAACCAUCAGCAAUAUAGAUGAAGCUGUUGAGUGGUUGAGCUACACCUAUCUUUUUGUCAGAAUGAGAAUUAAUCCUCAAGUGUAUGGUUUGAACUAUCAAGAUGUCAUUAAUGACCCUUCCCUUGAAGAAAAAAGAAGGGAUUUAAUCAAAACAGCAGCAAAAGCUCUUGACAAGGCAAGAAUGUUGAGCUACAAUGAGAGGACUGGAGAUCUCCGCGUGACAGAUAUGGGGCGUACAGCUAGCCACUUUUAUGUCAAGUAUGACACUGUGGAGGUAUUUAAUGAAAUGAUGAAACCAGUAAUGAACGAGGCAGAAAUUCUUGCAAUGAUUUCUCACUCUCAGGAGUUUGAACAGCUCAAGGUGAGAGAUGAUGAACUGGAUGAAUUAGAUACACUGACAGCAGAUUGCUGUUAUGUCCCAGUGUCAGGGGGAUGUGAAAAUCUGCAUGGCAAAGUAAACAUUUUACUUCAGACAUACCUUUCGAGAGGACGUAUCAACAGUUUUUCUCUGAUGUCAGAUCAGGCUUAUGUGUCACAGAAUGCAGUGCGUAUUGCCCGUGCACUUUUUGAUGUGGUCAUUAAGAAGAACAAUCCCAUAAUGGCAGGACGCUUCUUAAUGAUGAGUAAAAUGUUUGAGCUUCAGCUUUGGGAUUUUCAAAGUCCAAUGAGGCAGUUCCAAAUCAUCACUCCAGAACUGCAGGAAAAGCUUGAAGACAGAAAGCUCUCUGUUGAGAAACUCAGAGAUAUGGAUGCUAAGGAAAUCGGAUCCUUCUUACGACAUCCUAAGAUGGGAGUUGUUGUUAAACGCUGUGCUGAAGAGUUCCCCUUGGUUGACAUGAGUGCCUCCCUCCAUCCUAUUACCCGUACAGUCCUUCGCAUUAGAUUGAAGAUUAAAGCAAAUUUCAGGUGGAAUGAUAAGGUUCAUGGCAAAACAUCAGAGGCAUUCUGGGUGUGGGUGGAGGAUCCAGACAGUAACCACAUGUAUCACUAUGAAUAUUUCCUGUUGACCAAGAAACAGGUGUGUCACAGAGAGGAACAGGAACUUGUCAUGACAAUACCUUUGAUAGACCCCCUUCCCCCUCAAUAUUAUGUCAGAGCUACUAGUGACCGAUGGCUUGGUUCUCAAUCCUAUUUAGAACUUUCCUUCCGUCAUCUUAUUCGGCCUGAAAGUCAUCCUCCACACACAGAUCUCUUGGAAUUGCAACCCCUGCCAGUGACUGCACUAAAUGAAACUCAGUUUGAAUUAUUGUACAAGUUUUCCCACUUCAAUCCCAUUCAAACCCAGAUAUUCCAUUGUCUGUAUCACACAGACAACAAUGUUCUUCUCGGGGCACCGACAGGGUCUGGAAAAACAAUUGCUGCAGAGAUUGCAAUGUUUAGGGUUUUUAAGCAGUAUCCUGGAAGAAAAGUGGUUUACAUUGCUCCUCUCAAAGCCUUGGUUCGGGAACGCAUUGGAGACUGGAAAAUACGAUUGGAACAGAAGCUGAACAAGAAAGUUGUAGAGCUGACAGGAGAUGUGUCUCCUGAUGUGAGAGCCAUUAUUGCUGCGGAUGUUAUUGUGACCACCCCUGAAAAGUGGGAUGGAAUAUCUCGUUCUUGGCAAACAAGGAAUUAUGUGCGUGAUGUUGCUCUUAUUGUUAUUGAUGAAAUCCAUCUCUUGGGUGAGGACCGUGGGCCUGUGCUGGAAGUCAUUGUGUCUCGAACAAACUUUAUUGCUUCACACACAACAAAAUCUCUGCGCAUUAUUGGACUUUCCACUGCCCUUGCUAAUGCACGAGAUCUUGCUAAUUGGUUGGGAAUUGGUGAGAUGGGUUUGUACAAUUUCCGCCCGUCUGUUCGGCCUGUUCCAUUAGAAGUUCACAUUGCUGGCUUCCCUGGCAAACAUUAUUGCCCCAGAAUGGCAACAAUGAACCGACCAACAUUCCAGGCGAUUCGACAACAUUCCCCAUGUCAGCCAGUGUUGGUGUUCGUCUCCUCAAGAAGACAGACUCGGCUCACAGCACUGGAUCUGAUUGCUUACCUUGCUGGAGAAGAUGACCAAAAGCAAUGGAUGCACACUGAUGAGCAAGAAAUGGAACAGAUAAUUUCUGGAAUCAAAGAUUCAAAUUUGAAGCUAACCCUGGCCUUUGGCAUUGGCAUCCACCAUGCUGGUCUCCAGGACAGAGACCGUAGAACUGUUGAGGAAUUAUUUGUUAAUCGCAAAAUCCAGGUUUUGAUUGCUACUGCAACUUUAGCAUGGGGUGUGAAUUUCCCUGCUCACAUGGUGGUUGUGAAAGGGACAGAGUACUAUGAUGGCAAGACGCGCCGUUAUGUAGACAUGCCCAUUACUGAUGUGUUGCAAAUGAUGGGCCGAGCAGGGCGACCUCAGCAUGACGACCAGGGUGUUGCUGUUGUACUGGUACAUGAUGUCAAGAAAAACUUCUACAAGAAAUUCCUUUAUGAACCUUUCCCAGUUGAAUCUUCCUUGCUUGCUGUUCUUCCUGAUCACUUGAAUGCUGAAGUUGUUGCGGGAACGAUUCGAUCUCGUCAAGAUGCAUUAGACUACCUGACAUGGACCUACUUCUUCCGAAGGCUACUUCAAAACCCUUCGUAUUACAAUCUUGAGUCUCUGGAGCCACAGGAUGUGAAUCACUAUUUGUCAACUUUGAUUGAAAAGGCAUUCAGAGAUUUGGGUAUUGCUGGUUGUAUCAAGAUGGACUAUGAAGAUGAAAGAAGUGUCUUGACAACUUCAUUUGGUCGUAUUGCUUCAUUCUACUAUUUAUCACAUCAAACAAUGAUGCACUUCAGCAAUGCUCUUAGAUCUGAUCUGUCUGAUGAAGAAGUGCUGAAGGCGUUGUGUGAUGUCCAUGAAUACUAUGAGCUCCCAGUCCGCCACAAUGAAGACUUAAUGAAUGCAGAUCUAGCCAAAGAUUGCCCUAUACCUGUGGAUUCAAUGAACAUGGACUCCCCUCAUGUAAAGGCUAAUUUAUUGCUGCAAGCGCAUUUCAGUCGUCUGCCCUUGCCCUGUGCUGAUUAUUUAACAGAUUUAAAAUCAGUUUUAGACCAAGCCAUUCGUAUCCUGCAAGCUAUGAUUGAUGUUUGUGCAGAGAGUGCAUGGUUGGCUACAACACUGCGUGCCCAACAGCUGUUGCAGCAAGUGGUUCAGGGUGCUUGGGCCAACAAAUCACCUCUCCUGACACUUCCAUUUUUUGAGCCACAGCACAUGUACCUGUUUGCCAAAGUUGAUGACCCAGCCCUUGCAACACUCCCUGGUUUAAAAGAAGCCUGUUUCAACAAUUAUGAAAAACUGGCUUCAAUUCUUCGGGGAGACUUUGAUGAUGGAGAAAUUGAGCAGAUACAUAAAGUGUUAUGUGAAAUGCCUACAGUCAAUGUGAAUGUAAGCAUUCGGGGCUGGUGGGAUGGCAGCAGUCAAGAUGAGGAAGCCGAAAGAAAGAUUAAGAUUCCAGCUGAUCGGGAAUCUUGGGUGGAAGUACAUGCUGAACAGGAAUACACAUUGGUGGUUAAUAUGCAUCGUCUGAACCAUUCUCGUGAGUUAAAGGCCCAUGCUCCCAAGUUUUCUCGAUCCAAAGAUGAAGGUUGGUUCUUGACUCUGGGCUCUGUGGAUGAUAACGAGCUCUUGGCUCUCAAGAGAGUGAGUGGAGUCCGAGGAAGAUCCUUGCAGCAGCUGUCAUUUUUCACCCCAUCAAAGCCAGGUCGUAUAAUUCUCACUUUAUACUUGAUGUCUGAUUCUUACCUGGGACUAGACCAACAGUAUGACAUAUACUUGGAUGUGAUUCCUUCCAAUUUCAAGUGUCAGAUCAACACUGAUCUUGCUGGACUAUCUAUAGAAUCGCUGGACAGCAUAGAACCUCAUGAAGAGACUGGUAAUGAAGAUGUCUCCCAAAAGUGGUGAUAAUGAAGCAGUUGUGCUUUUACUUUACUGUGAUUAUUGCAGGAAAAGUCAUGCCAAUGUAUUGAAGAUUUUAUUCUUCCUGUCUGUGAUACAUGACCCUGUGAUUUUGGAGAAGAAAGUUAAAUCAUAACUUUCCUUCUGCUCUUUCACACUAAUGACAUAUUCAGAAAUGGUUUCUUUGCUUUCUUGAGAACUGAAUGGUUUCAAGGCAUAAACCCAGUAAUAAGUGAAUUUAUUUAUUUUUCUCGUGUUAAAUGUAUUUGAAAACAUUGUUUUGAUGAAAAUGUACUGAAACAAAACCUGUUUUUUUCAUACUUAAUAUUUUUUUAAACCCUGAACAUGGCCACUAAAAAGGUGUUGUCCGGUACUUUUUCUUUGACUUCUUUAAAUUUAUAAUUUUUGUAUUGUUGUAUUUGUGGAAGCAUAUCUGUUUUCCUCUAUCCCACUGAUUGUCGGUGAAGUCUUGUUUCAAAAAUAAAAAAAUGCAUCAGUAAAA